UCUGCCUACGCCUGCUCCCAUGGCGAAUUUCAGCUCUCUAAUCCCAAAAACGCCCCUGAAACGCGUCAUCACGGCAACAGACGGAACCCUAAAGGCGUCGGCAGUUCAUCUAGCGGCCGCGUGGAAGCCCGUCUCGGGAGAGGAAUUCUACAGAUGCCACCAUGUUCAUGGUGAGCCAGGACUGUCUUUGCACUCAAAUGGAAUAAGACAGCAAAGUACGAUUAGUAAUGCUGGAGACCUAACUCUUUUGUUUCAUCAUCUUCUUGGGGUCAACCGAUCAAAUAAAUCUGUCUUUUCAAAGGUGCAGUCAAUGAGCUAUAAGUUUGUGGCUGAUGCUCAUGUAUCUACUAGAAGUGGUUGGAAAACUCAGGAGGACAGGCAAGCUGCUGAAAAUUCAUCAAAGAAAGAACAUGUUGAGGCCCCCAGAAAGCAUCAACUUGGCGAGAACAUACCCAAGAAGGAUAAAAUAAAGUUUCUUGUGAAUACUCUUCUUGACAUCAGAGAUAGUAAAGAGGCUGUUUAUGGAGCUCUUGAUGUUUGGGUUGCUUGGGAACGUAGCUUUCCAAUGGCUUCCCUCAAAAGAGUAAUAGCUCUUCUUGAAAAGGAGCACCAAUGGCAUCGAGUCAUUCAGGUAAUUAAGUGGAUGCUAAGUAAGGGACAAGGAAAUACGAUGGGAACCUACGGACAGUUGGUACGAGCACUAGAUAUGGAUCGUAGAGCAGAAGAGGCACAUUGUAUAUGGCAAAAGAAAAUUGGGAAAGAUCUGCACUCAGUGCCUUGGCAAUUAUGUAGACAAAUGAUCAGCAUCUAUCACCGGAACAAUAUGUUAGAGGAGCUUGUAAAGCUUUUUAAGAAUCUCGAGAGUUUUGACCGUAAGCCUCCGGACAAAGCAAUAGUGCAGAGAGUAGCAGAUGCUUAUGAAAUGUUAGGGAUGCUAAAGGAAAAAGAAAGGGUAUUGGCAAAGUACAGUGACCUUUUUAACAGCCCAGCAUCGAUCGGUAUAUCAAGCAAAGCUUCUUCUAAGAACAAAUCGAGUCCAGGGCAUGGGAACUCAGCCGAAUCAACCUCAGGCGAUGCCCCAGAUUCUGAAAAAGCCGGCUUGCAAGAACGUCAGAGAGAGUAUCAAUCAAGAUCCAAGCAGCCAAGAAUCCUUCGUCAAGAACAUAGUCUCUUACCAGUCUAUGUAACAUAAUAUGAUAUAUGUCUGGGCACAGAGGAAUAUGAUACAUGCAAACAAAGACAGAUGGAUUCAAAAAAACAGUAGUAUAAAUUUUUCUCUGUUUUGUUUUG